AUGACGGUGAUCCAGCUGCCAUUUGUUGAUUUCAGUCUUUUCCUCCAUGGAACCGCGGAUCAGCGUGUAAAGGCCGCAAAGCAGCUGGUUGACUCUUUUGUGAACCAUGGAUUUGUUCGUCUUCAGAAACAUGGCAUAUCGCGCGAGUUCGUGCAGCAAAUUUGGGAAUGGGAUCGUGCAUUCUUCGGACUGUCAGAGGAGGUGAAGAUGAAAAUCGUUCAUCAUCCAGGCUCAGAUUUACAACGAGGGUGGAGCCGUAAGGGUACGGAAACCACAUCAAAACUGUUCAAGGAGAACGCAGAGAACUCGCCAAAAGGCAAAGGUGAAUUGCUAGAUGAGAAGGAGCAUUUUGAUUGCGGGCCCCACGGGGAUAUUGAAUUCCCCAACAAAUUCCCCAGUGACAAAGAUCUUCCCGGCUUCAAGGAGUUCAUUGAACAGUAUUUUGAUAUGGUGCAGGGUGUAUCCCUCGAAAUAAUGCGAGCAUGCGAGGUGGGAUUUGGCUUGCCCGAAAACUCGCUAGUUGGUCUAUGCACACCCGCAGCUUCAGAGCUUCGAAUGCUUCAUUAUCCUCCAGUCUCCCUGGAGAGACUGAAAACUGGGACAAUUAAGCGUGCUUGGCCUCACACUGAUUUUGGAAUCAUCACUCUUCUUUUCCAAGAUGGCAUUGGUGGUCUCGAAUUUGAAGAUAGAAACAAGCCAUUUACUUUUGUCCCUAUACUUCCGUCGGGCGAGAAUGAGCUCAUAGUCAACACGAGCCAGACAUUCCAGCGUUGGACUAAUGAUGUUGUGAAAGCAGGUCUACACCAAGUGAAUGUACCACCUCAUAUGUCUAACAUUACGGAAGGCUACAUUCCUGAACGAUAUUCCUCUGUGUUCUUCUUGAAAGCCCACCGAGAAGUCUCAGUUGGCCCAAUUGAGCAGUUCGUGACGGAGGAUAGACCGGCCAUCUACCCGGAUAUCACCGCUCUACAGUAUCAGCAAGAGAUGACUGAGAUUUUGUAUUAG